AUGAGUUUUCAACUAUCCUUAAGAGUACUGUCUCUAGCGGCUUCAGUUGAUCGUUAUAAUCAAUCUCAACGACAAGCUAGGACAGAACAAUAUAUCAGCGAUCCAUUCGAAAUGCCUAAUGUUUUGUUUAUCAAAACAUAUAGGUUAACAAAGCCAAUGGUACAAAAUUUAAUUAGAACAUUAAGUCCUGUUAUUCCUAAAUUGAAGAGAAGAGAUGCAUUGAGUGUUAAAGAAAAGGUCCUUAUAGCAUUAGCCUUUUAUGCCACUGGAUCUUAUCAAACACUAGUGGGACAAAGCAAAUACCACUGUGUAAAAGAACGUGAUGUCAUCAAAAGAAGAUUUUACAGAAAAUUUAAAUUGCCUGGAGUACUAGGGUGCAUUGAUGGCACUCAUGUCGCAAUCAUAAGGCCAAAUCAGCAUGAAGAGAGAUAUUUUAAUAGAAAAGGAUAUCACUCUCUUAAUGUAAUGGUUAUAUGUUAUGCCGACUUGAAUAUUAUAUGUAUUGACCCAAGCAAGCCUGGAGCAACUCAUGAUUCCACAGUAUGGCGCGAUCACCCUUUGCAAAGAUACCUUAACCAAGUAUAUAAUGAGGAAGAGGUAUUUUUAUUGGGUGACAGUGGUUAUUCUUUACGAAAAACACUUAUUACCCCCAUACUCAAUACGGAGCCAGGUUCACCCGAAGAACACUUUCAUAAACUGCAUAUGACAGCUCGCAAUACUGUAGAGAGGUGUAUAGGUGUGAUGAAAGCACGCUUCAGGUGUUUGUUAAAUGCCCGCGUUCUUCACUAUGACCCAGUAUUUGCUGGUGAAAUAGUCAAUGCAUGUGCUGUGCUGCACAAUAUCACUAACCAAAAUAGGUUACCAGUGCCUAAUUUAUCAGCGUGGGAUAGGGAAAUUGAAGAACAACUAACAGUAAGACGCAGAGCUCUUGAAAGAGGACUUAAUAUAAGUUCUGACAUCUCAAGACAGGAACAGGGAAAUAGGAGACCUAAUUUAGAUUUACUGGAAGGUCAAACUGUUCAAAGAGCUCUGAUUAAUCGGUUAUGGCAACAAAGAGAAACCUAA